ACUUUGGGAGUAACACUUGAAUACCAUAUUAUUCCUUGCAUUUGCAUUUUUAUGCCGAUAAUUUAUGCCAUUAAAUUUGCUGCCUUACCAAAUACACCACGAUACUAUCUACAAAGAGGACAGACUAAGAAGGCUGAAGAUGCUUUAAAAUACUACAAAAGUUAUGCGGGAGAGUGUUGAAGAAAAUAUUGCUCUAUAUGAUGAGCUAGAGCGAUUGAAUCGAAUUGUAAAUGAACGAAAAUCGGACGAAAAAUUGCAGGCAUCCGAUAUUUUUAAUCGUGCGGUGAUGAAAGGAUUGGGCAUUGGCAUUUCUCUGGCAAUACUCGCACAGCUCACGGCGAAUUUCCCAUUGGUGACCUAUGCAGUUACAAUUCUCAAAAAGUCGGGAACUUCUUUCAACCCAUACGCAUCGUCAAUAGUAUUGGCUGUGAUGCUCAUCCUUGGUUCAUCGGUUAACACUUAUUUAGCUGAUAUCUUUGGUCGAAAACGAUUGAAUUUCAUUUCCUUGACGGGGUCAGCCGUUGGACAACUAGCCACAUCACUCUAUCACUAUCUCUAUAUAAGCGGUUAUGAUUUAUCACUAUUCUCUUGGGUACCAGUUGUCAGUUUGUCUUUCGUCAUUUUCAUUUUGGCGGCUGGCAUUUUACCUCUUCAACUCAUUUGCGUUGUCGAAUACCUCCCACCGAAGACUCGAACACUUACCAUGUCAUUAAUAAGCUCCGCCAUCGGCAUGUGUGCAUUUAUAUCAGUGAAACUGUUUCCCAUCUUACUGGAACUACUUGAUCUACAUGGCAGUAUGCUGAUUUAUGGUUGUGGUUGUAGUAUCGGAGCGAUCUACGUGCUUCUUGUUCUGAAGGAAACUAGUGGAAAGUCACUUGACGAUGUAGGUAAAAGUAAGAACACAAAAGUCGAUUGUGAUCAUUCAACAAAGAGACUUCAAGAAACAUCAUGAACAAAUGAAGUGAGAAAUUUCCAUGAAACCAUAAAAUAGGGAAAAAAAAUUAUCAAUGUGAUUCUUGAAUGUUUGAAAAAUCCUGUUUGUUGAUAAAUAAA